UAUGGCCCAUUUAAAUGCCAUCUUUUUAACUUAGCAAUAAGAUGUAAUGACGCUGACGUUUUGACGUAGAAACGUAACGUCGGUGACGUAAUGUGGUCUUGGAUACACGACGUCAGUUAUGUUUGUUAUGUCCAGCUAGUCGGACGAGCACGCAUAUUUUAAAACCUAUUACCAGCUAAGAAAUAUCUAAAUGAUACAUCAAGCUAACAAAGCAAUGCGUUAUGACACGCCGUAAACCACUUAGUGAUGCAGAUAUGACCUCGUCAUCAGACGACAUCACAGAAAGGCCAUCAACAGAAGAUCAUGUGAUCAAAUCAUCACGUGACAUAUCUGUUGCUGAUCACCAUACCCCUGACCCAGCAUGCGAAAAAGAGACUCCUGUAUUGAAAGAGAAAAUAGACGCUGAUCCUAGCGUUCAAAAAGAUGAUAACGGGACUCCAGUUCGAAGCAUUCGUAUCAGUCCAAGAUCGAUGAAUUCUAGAGUGUACGCCCCACUUCCGUUCAUCAAGCGUGACAUGCCGGCGUCUGCAACCGAUCAUAAAUCUGAACCUAUGACAGACGUUGUGACCCCAGUCAAUGAUACUGUGGAUAUGUACACUCUUUAUAUGGAGCAUACUUCAGUACAAUUACGGAGGAUCUAUUCACCUGUACCAUACAGCAGGCAUUGCUUCUCCUAUUCUCCAGUCAACUGGCAGAAGCCAGAAGAAACCCCUACACAAAAAGAGAGACAUCCAGAAGAUCAACAGAAAGAUAUCAUGAUGUUAGAGAAAAAACUUCUUUCUGAGAUUCCAACGUCGAACGACAACAGUGGAAGCAACUACCCUGUUUCACCUACGAAAGCCACUUCAGAAACAUUCGUUACCGAUGACGAUGUCGACACGGUCGCCGCAAGUAAGGCAGCGGGCAUGGAGAGAACGCUCGAGAAAAAAGACCCUUGUGGUAUAAACACAAGUCCGGAACGCAAUUGCCCUAAAGAGAACACCCAAGUGGAAAAUGAUAUCAAACAGAAAGAAAAUAGGCGGAAAGAACAGCUAAUCAAGAUGAAGCCAAGUGAGAAGCAACAGUUCGCAGUAGAUCAGGAUACAACAGCCAAACAAUCGAAAAAGAAAAGUACAAAAGCAAAACAAAGCAAACCCAAGAAGCCAUCUAAAGUUCCUAUAUCUAAUACAACUACUGUCAAGGAAAGCAGAGCAUCUAAAGAUUCCCAAGAAAUGCUGGAGCUGAAAAGGGUAUACGAAGCGCACUUGAAAGAGAAAGAAGAAUUUGAAAAAAUGAUCGAGACACGAGAAAAUGAGAUAAAUGAGCAAUUGAGAGAGAUGGAUGAGGUGAUGGAAUCAAUCCAUUCAGAACAUGCUGAGAUAGAGAAAACAACUGGAGCAUUUGCUGAUGCAAUUAAAGCCCACAGUAACUACAAAGACGAAGCGUCACGAAUCAGAGUUCAACAUAUAGAGCAAGAGAUCAGUUCAGAUAUUUUGUUAGAAGAGAAUGCAGACUUGAAAGAGGAAUUUCGUGAACUGUAUGAUAAAAUAAAUGAAAUAAAAGAAAGACGGUGUUUAGGAUUACAGGGGUUAAAGCAAGACACAAAAGAAACGGAAUGUGCAGUGGAACACGUGAAAGUCAAAAAUGAGGAAGCGGAAGCAGAAACUCAAAAGAAAAUAGAAGAAUUUAAUAGUUUGAGAAUGUUACUGAUGGGCAAUGGUAUUACGUAUGUUAGAAAGGGAACGUUUGCUCAAGGAGUUGAUAGUGAUGUUUCUCUUCCAAUAGCUAGUGUGUCUAAGUCUCCACCACUGAACUCACAAAAUAUAAUUCGUACUGGAUUAGAAAUUGAUAUUGCAGACAUGGGGAAUGUUUCUCCAGAUAUUGGGACACAUCGGAACGAUAAUAUAACUGAAAAUGGCAGAUUAUUAAAGUGGGUUAAUGAGCAGCAAAACUUUCCUUCUGGUGAAAAUGAGAAACUGUCUGCAGAUGGGGAUACCGGUGAAAGAAAUGAUUCUGUUGAGGUAUUUGAUAAUGAAGGAAGUCAACAGCAAGGAACCACAGACGUAUACGUCCCAAAGCCUUUCAGUGUAAAACUCACUGAUGAAAACAUUGGAGAGGGCGAUGCGCCAGUAUGUGCAGUUAAAGGCGAAAGAACAUCAACUGACUGUUGCGGAUCGGAAGUACCGGUAAGGCAAAUGUCUGCUGCUGAAUUUGUAAGACUGCCUGUUGUUCGCGAGAGAAAAUCUAGAAUACCCAAACCACUUGUGCGGCCUUAUGGGCGCGCUGCUAGAGACUGUGAAAUACUUAAAGCAUCUGAAGGUAGUUCCUUAAUGAUGACUCAGGAUGAAAAUUAUAAAAGAGAUGCUUGUAUAUCAGAUGACAAGAGAAAUGUCACAUCAAGCUUUGGUUAUUUCCAUCCAGAGAUUGAAAGAUCUGACCGAACGGACGUAGAAAGAUAUGAUUAUAUCAAAAGCUGCAGUGUUGUUUCAGAACAAUGUCGAGAGUUUAAGGGGAAUACAAUUCGUAGGACAGAUGGUAAGCUUAGCAAACGUUCCGUAAAGAAACACGAAAAUGCUCCAAAAAAUUGCAAGAAGACAGAAAUAAAAUCAAAGAUUGACACUGGAUUACAAAAUCGACCGUUAAAUGCCACGGUGAAUAAACCGGGAAACACUGUACAUUCUGUUACAAAAAUGGACAAGUCUUCUUCUAGAAAUGACACGAAGACAGAAACAGCAAAUAAGAAAUACAGUAAUAUAAGUGUCAUCACAAACGUCGGAUGUAAGCCAUCUGGCGAAAAAGCUAGGAAGCCCGAUCUCCCACCAUUGAAAAAUGUGUCUGUGGCAGCAAAGAAUGCCGAUAAUGUACCAAGAUCGUCUUCGUCAUUUGGAAAUAAAACACCUCUUCCAAACAUAAAACCAGCCAAUCUACACAAAACUAAAACACUUCUUACAAGCGUAAAAUCAGCAAACCAGCAGAAGGACCUGAAAAGAGCACCUGAAAAAAGAGCGAUUACGCGGCCAGUGUUGCCUCCAAUAAAGUCAUCAAAAGCUGAUCCCCAUAAAGGACCAUUUGCAAACGCAGAAACGGACAAUAAAGCAACACAAAUUUCGUCAAAGAACCAUACACCUAAAGCGAGGCGGGCCUCGUUUUCUCCUACACCACCGACUAAUGCACCUAGAUCUACCAGAAAACCAAGUUACAGAACGCAAAAAUUGCAAAGUUCGAGACAAGACGAUAAAGCAAGAUUUUCCUAUGAGAGGGCAUAAAUGACUUAUUUAUUGUAUGAAGAAAUUUGAUAUCUUGAUUACCAUUAGGAGAUGACAUUUUGUAUUAUUCGUACUAAACGGAUUACAUGGGAACAUAUAUUUCAAUGAUUUGUUUUGAUAUCGUGAAAAAACAACAACAACCCCCCCCCCCCCCAAAAAACAAACAAAAAACAAAAAACAUACAUACACCUAGACUGAUUGUUAUUUUGUUAUUGCUAUUCCCUCCCUUUUUAAGAUCGCAUGAAUUUUAGACAUUUCUUAACAACCAGUGAGUGCCUUAGAUAAUUAUGUGCUAUUUACAAAUAAAUAUACAAAUGUAUCACUUCCUAAAGCCAUGUGUCAACCUUCAUCUAUCCACCAAACGGCAACAGAUUGCACAGAAAACAUUUACUGAAGAUUAUAUAUAACAUUUAGAAAAACUUUGAGGAAAUCUUAGAUUUAUAUACUUUAACUGUUCUCAAAAAGACUGACUUACAUGGACCAUAACUCUCGCGAUAACUGUUAUCAAAACAGAUAUGGACGUUUAAGGGACAUACCUUUACAAGAAAAUCAAAAUUUCAAACAAAAACAAUUACAGUUCUAGCUAGAUCUAUAUAUGUUAAAUAUAAAAAUAAAACAUAAAGCAGAAUAAUUCAAAUUCAUAAUUUAUUUGUAAGAUGGAAUUUCCUCUUUUUAGAGUUAAUUUUCUUGGUGCCACUAACUGUUUAGAGCGCCUUAUUACAUCAAACCAUUUGUGUGUUUUUAAAUCUAAAUACCGUCUAGAACUUACUGAAUCAUUCUAUUUUUACUUUUUAUUUAUACAUGUGAUUACUAACUUUUUUUAUAAAUCUGGAGGCGUUGUGUUGCAUUAUUGUG